AUGUUAAUUAGUACCGUACACUUUCUUUUAUCCCCACUCGCCAUUCGCUACAGUUUCUUCAUUCGUGGAUGCGGGGGAAACGCCGCUCGGAUUUUCUUUGCAGUGGAGAUGGCUCUGCUAGCAGCGAGCGAGCGCUCACGAUGGGCCCCGCGCUACCCUUUCCACCAAGACCUGUGCCAGGACAAGCCACCACAAGCGCUCGAAAUGUGGUCGUGCGCAGUGUCGUGCCUCGAGCUCUGUGAGAGCGCAGACUUGAGAGUGUCUAAACAAGCCGCCUUCGCUGGUGAGUUGAUACAGGAAGUAUGA